AUGGGGAAAGAGGUCGAGCCCCCAAAGCUGGCUCAGCUCUACGAGAAGUUGACUCCGGAGCAACAAACCAGCUUGUCCAAGUCAGUGACAGAGAAGCUGCAAACCAUCAUUGGUGGCUAUGGCGAGCUUGGGGUCCUCGUGGAGUACAUCUCGGUGAUGCUUCAGUCCAGCAGACCCCCAGAGACGAUCCAAACAGAACUUGAGGCUUUCCUCCAGGAUCAGAGUGGGCCAUUCACCAAAUGGCUCUGUGAGAAGCUCGCAAAGAUCGCAAACGAAGGUGGCUCUAAGCGCCGUCGCCGCGAGAAGCGGACAGAGGAUGGAGAGAAGACCAAAGAGAAGAAGGCCAAAAAGGAGAAGAAGGCAGCAGCUCAAGCAGCUCAGGCUGCAGCCCAAACUGCGCCUGCGGCUACACCCAACGUGGCUCCUACCAGAAGCCGCUCGCGGAAGCGACGACGGAGGGUGGCCGCUACCCCGGUCACAGUCACAACCUCUGCACCGAACCAGACAGAUCGCAAGGCCAAGCUUACCCCAAAUGUUGACUAUAUGCACGAAGGCCGGCCCGAAAAGAGCGACGGCCGCGAAGCGCCCGCACCAGCAGGGGACACGCGAUGGUCAUUCCGAGCCGACCCCAGUGGACAUCCUCCACCAAGCCACCCGCACCACGAGCUUGGCUCGCCGUACUACCAGACCAGUCCUUAUCCAUCUCGGAUGCCGCAUGCACCCGUAGCAGCUCCGCAGUACUUCACCCCAAAGAAAUGGAAGGUGGCUCGAGGCAAUACCGUAGUGCGAAAAAGCGAAAGGCUUGACAGCGAAGAAGUGCAGAAGCUGCAAGAGGGAGAGAUCGUCGAGCAGGUGGCACCAGCCUUCACCACAGAGAAUGGCAUCAUCCGCGUGCAGAUCCGACAUCCAUCAUCCCCGCUCUUCCCGAAGCCUAUCGGAUGGGUCACCCAGGAUGCCACCGCAGCCGGUGGCCCAAAGUUCCUGGAACCUGGCCCUGAGCCGAUGCAGCGGACGCAGCCUGCAACAGCUCCUGGGCCUCCUGGCUGGCGCCCGCCUGCUUCCCCAUGGGGUGCCUGGCGCCCGAGACCAGGCGUUCCUCCACCACGGCCUGCCGCCAACUACACUCGGCCAGGAUUCCAGAACCUCACCUGGACCCCCAACUGA